ACCUCAGUUCAGUUAAUCUGCUGGUGGGCUGCUGUUCACUUUUUCUCUCCCUUCUCCUCCCAGUGAUUUCUCCUCCUUUCAAGUCUUUUGACCGUUGUUGCCUCUCUCUUUCUCUGCCACCACAACUCACACUCUCUCCUCUCUCCUCUCUCUCUCUCUGCACAAAGACUUCUUCCACUUCUUGUUCAUGUACACACGCAUACACAGCGCCCAAAGGAGGAGAAAGGGAUAGAGAGUAGAGGAGGGAGGCCUUCUGAGUCUCAGCUUCUGAACUCUCUGAAACUUGUCAGAUAGUUGAGUUGAUUCAGGCCAUCUUCUUGUUUGGCUACAGCCUGGAUGUGCCCGUCACCAAAAAUCGAUUCUUUUACAGUAUUAGAAGUUCUGGUCCAAGCAUGAUGGGUUCUUGAAAUAAACAAGGCUGUGGAGACAUGGGAUGUGCUGCUUCCAGGUUAGAAGAUGAGGAGGCUGUCAAGAUGUGCCGGGACAGGAGGGACUUCAUCAAGCAGGCACUGGAGCAGCGGAACCGCUUUGCAUCGUCUCACUUUGCCUACAUUGAGUCCCUGAGGCGUGUUUCAAUGGCCCUCCAGCGGUUCGUUGCUGGGGAUGAUCACCAUGAGCUCAUAUUUGAUCAAUUCAUUUCUCCUUUGAAGCAACAGAAGCCAGAGAUGCUUGGCCUCCCUUAUGGUUCAUAUGAGAAGAGAACUAUCCAUGUUUCAAAGUAUUUGAGGUCAGGACCAAACCCAUCAGUAUCAGUUGAAGAGCAGCCAAGACCUGUGGAAACAAUCCAUAUCGAGUCACAUUACCCCAUGGAUAACUAUGGUGGCACGGACAGGUUCUUUGCGGCUCAUUCCUCGUCAAUGAGGCCAUCUUCCUACUACCCACCUUUUGACAGACCAAACUAUCCACCUCCAUCACCCCAGGAGCCAGUGAGGAAUUCCUAUUACAUGCAUUAUGACAGGCCAAGUUAUCCACCUGCAUCACCCCAGGAACCAACAAGGACUUCUUAUUAUGCGUCGAAUGAUAGGCCAAGCUACCCACCUCCAUCACCCCAGGAACCAGCAAGAACUUCUUAUUAUGCGUCGAAUGAUAGGCCAAGCUACCCACCUCCAUCACCCCAGGAGCAGGAAUCAUCACAGUGGGACUUCUUCUGGAAUCCAUUCUCAUCACUGGACAACUUUGCAUAUCCGCGACCUCGGAGUAGCUAUGACAAUGUAGUCACUGAUGAUGAAUUGGCACGAUUACAGCGUGUAAGAGAGGAGGAAGGGAUCCCAGAACUCGAAGAAGAAGAUGACGAGUGUCAAGGACAUCAACAAAUGCACCAGAAAGAGGAGGAAGAAGAAGAUGAUGAUGAUUCUGAUGACGAUGACGACGACGAUGAUGACGAUGAAUGCGAGCACUCAGAUGAGAGAUGUAUGGCUUCUAAUGGGGCCGUUCACCCUGUGAAAAACGAGGUCAACGCCAAGCAGGAAACAAAAGGAUUUGAAUCCAAAGGAGUUCAGUGUGCUGAAGCAUGUGAACCGCGUAACAAAGUAGAACUUGAGAUCAAGGCACAUAAGAAAGAGUUGAUGAGGAACAAAGUUGCAAAUGCAGAAGACACACCUGGUUUCACAGUGUAUCUGAACCGCAGACCAGCAAGUCUGGUUGAGGCCAUGAAAGACAUUGAUAGUCAGUUCUCGGGGAUCUGCGAUGCUGCAAAGGAAAUCUCAGUGAUGUUGGAGGCAAGUAGAGCUCAAUACUCAACCUCAAACGAUCUUUCUGCAAAGAUGCUAAACCCAGUCGCACUCUUGCGCUCUGCAUCAUCCCGGUCAUCGUCUUCUCGCUUCCUUCUUGCUCCCACAAGCUCAAUAGAGGAUCUCUAUGACCAUGAGACAAAUAGCUGUUACUCUGAAGAAUCUUGUAGUACAAUGUCUGGAAGUCAUCACUCCACUCUAGAUAGACUGUAUACAUGGGAGAAGAAAUUAUACAAAGAAGUAAAGGCAGGCGAGCGAUUAAGAAUUGACUAUGAGAAAAGGCUGAAUCAUUUGAGGAACCAAGAUGUGAAAGGUGAUGAACCUUCCUCUGUCGAUAAGACCCGUGCAGCAUUGAGAAGUCUACAUACUCGGAUGAAGGUGUCAAUACACACGGUUCAGUCAAUAUCAGGGAGGAUUGAAGUUCUAAGAGACGAGGAGAUGCAACCUCAGCUCAUGGAGUUGAUCCAAGGAUUGUCACGGAUGUGGCGCGCCAUGGCUGAGCGCCACAAAGCUCAGAAGCGUACGAUCGACGACGCCAAGCUCCUCUUCCUCCAGCGCCACCCCACGGCGGCCACCGCCAUUGCUCUGAGCGCCCCGGACGCGGCGACACCUCCUCCAGCCGCGGUGGCGCUCGAGUGCGAGAUCCGCGCGUGGCGCGGCGCCCUGGAGACGUGGCUGUCGGCGCAGCGCGCCUACGCGCGCGCCCUGGCCGCGUGGGCGCGCCGCUGCCUCGGCAUCGGGGGCGGCGGCGGCGGGGCGCUCCCCCACGCCGCCGCGCUGCCGCUGGCGUUCGCGGUGUGCAUGGAGUGGGGCCACGUGGUCGACGCGGCGUCGGAGGCGCGGGUGAUGGACGGGCUGGACUUCUUCGUCGCCGGCGUCGGGUCGGUGUGCUCGGGCGUCGCCACGGGCAUGGAGGGCAUGGCCGAGCGCGUGCUCUGCGCCGGCAUGGCCGCGGUGACCGGCGCCAUGGCCGAGUUCGCCGACGCGUCGGCGGACAGCUACGACGCGUUGGUAUCGGCGGUGGCCGCCGGCGCGCCGGGACGCGGGAAAGAGGAGACCUUGGCACAGCCGCAAGUACAGUAGAAUGACACGUGGGUCCCAGGUGUCAUAGAAUGACAUGUGGGUCCCAGAUGUCACUGAAUGGCACAAAAAUGCCUAAGCUUUUGCGUUGAAUUCUGCAGUUACAUAUCUAGUCUUGUAAUGAAAAAUGCUAUUACAAGGCUGAUCACUGUAACUGGUGAUUAUUGGCUUGAGGAUAAGUACUAGUUAGAGGGUUUAAUUACCAUGGUAAUCAUGUUCUUGGUGUGAUUCUUCUGUCAGAGAGAGGAGACUUCUGAAUUCUGAUAUUGUUUUGUAUGUAAUUAUGAGGUUAAUUAACAGGUAAAGGGUGGUGUAUCAGUGUAUGGUUAGUGUUUUUCCUUGAAGAGGACUAGGGGAGUUGUUAGGGGUCUAGUUGAUUUUGUUAGGAGAGCCUUUGUGUGCUAGGUUGAAUGAAAUGUAAAUUACUCAUCAGCAAUCUGGCAGCACUGUAGCAGCAUCAAUUAGUUGAAUUCAAUCCAGCAAAACUGCUGCACUAUCUGUGUCCUCCCACAUCUGUCCUCUUCAGAAAACCUAUACAUCAUAAACCACAUGUACUUAGCAUUCCAAAAACAUUACAGCUCUUUGGAUAAUGUACCAAUCUAUUUGUUCAUUCGGCAUUA